AUGUCCUCGGCAGCAGUCAAGCGCGCACAGCGGGAACUCGGCGAGCUCCGCGCCAACCCGCUCACCAACAUCGAGGUCGAGACUGAAGGCGACAACCUCCUCCUCUGGAACGUUACAAUGAUUGGACCGACCGGGCCAUAUGAGGGCGGCAAGUUCCGGCUCAAGAUCAAGUUUGGGUACGACUUCCCAUUCAAGGCUCCUUCUCUCAAGUUCGCCACCAAGAUGUACCACCCCAACAUUGAUAGUGAUGGCAACAUCUGUAUUGGCGUGCUCAAGGCGGAGGCGUGGAAGCCAUCGACCAAGAUGGCGUCUGUGCUGCUGUCGCUAUACGACCUCGUCGAGAACCCGAACCCGGACGACCCGCUUGUCACCUCGAUCUACGCGACGGACCGUCCUGCGUUCAACAAGAAGGCCGCCGAGUACACCAAGAUGUACGCCAUCUAG